CGAAAGCACUUGAGGCGUUGCAGCCUGUUUCUUGAUCCGGCCAGCCCCGCCGUCCCGCCCAGCCAAAAAUGCUAAAAAGAGUUUGUACACAUUACGUAUCGUGCCAUGUCCCUGGCCAUCAAUUGUGGGGACCUUGAAGAAAAUUCCAGAUGGGAGCUGCAGCUGUUAUUGAGUGCAGCAGCCGUAAUAUGAGGAUGAUUUACAGAGACUUCAGUAUCGGCCUGGCAAAUCGUGUCUUGUCACGUCUUCUGUCUCACUCGCUCAGCUUACUUAUAGUAAUACAAUAUUAUGUCGUAGUCAAUGUAGGGAGAGAAAGAGACCUUCCACGUCUUGCAGCUCUCGUCUCAGCCAUCUUUGCCCAUCGACUCCUUGCGUGUUAGUGGGGACCUGCACCCAAAAUGUACCUGCCGGUACCUGCGCACACCAGCUGGCCCGGCCCUGUAGCAGCGCGGCCAGGUACUGCAGCGUACCCAUCACCGCCCCGAUUGGGCUGCGUCGAGCAUCACACAAACACAGCACAACCCUCGCAGCCAAAACAAAACCGCAGCGCACAAACAAACAACUGCAAAACUCUGUUGUCGCACUGCUGUCCAAUUUUUGCCAUCCAGCCUGAGCCAUCUCUGAGGCAUCCACAGCAGCUUCUCCUCCCGCCGCCGGCCAACGAGCGACACGCCUUAUCUCGUCCCCGCGGGGAGAUACUGAGAAAAAAAAAAAAAAAAACACUAGGGGAAAAUAUCGCCCUACUGCUUGCGCCUCCAAUUUGCGCCUCUCCUACUCUAUCCGCACCGUCACACGACCGCCUGUUUGUCUGGGGAAAGCCUCCUGUAGCUCUUCUCUGCCCAUCUUCACUUUGCUGGAUAUGAGGAGCUAGACGUU